AUGUUUCAGCGGCUCAGACGACACUAUCGACACCGUCGUCAUCGUUGCCACCGUCGACACAGUUCCUCCACGCAUGAGACGUCGGAAACAGUAGAGGAAAUCUCUAAUAUUUUCACUGCUGAAACUACGACUUACCAUAGUGGUGUUCACAGGUCGACUCUCAGGAUUCGUGUGGCGGAUGAAUCGGUCUAUUCAGAACCCUCCUCAGCAGCAGCAAGGGAACGUGCAACCCGUCCGGAUACACAUCACCAGAACGUGGACCGGGAAGGACACGGAGUGCACAGUACUAGAACCUCGAGCCAGCUGAUGGUCAAUGAAGUUACAGAAGUGGAGUCCCCAGAUGAUCCUCCGUUUCAUUAUGCAGAAACCGGCGCCCCUUCCACUUCAUCUGAACUUGCGUCGAGUGUUGGCGCAGUACCUGUCGCUGACUUGCCGGAGAGAUCUGCAGGCCUACAACCACGCAACGAUUAUGGAUCUCAUGGCUCCAGAAGGCCCUAUGGGAUGAUUUUUCCACAAGACAGCCGUCCACCUUGGCUCAACUAUCAGGUGAGUGACGGAGAUUCUCCCAGCCCUAACAGGACCCGUGAGAGGACCCAGUCUCCGGCUGAAACUCCAGUGAGUGAUGAUAUCCCUGCCGCGGACCAGCUGACUGUGAAUGACCCUGAUGCACCCAUGUCCGAUCCUGACGUUGAUAACGGACUUUGUUCUACAUGCCGGAACCCAUUGAAACUCCCAUGGUACGCUUGCAAGGGCAGCUGCGGAGCAAUGUUCCAUGCACACUGCGUCCACAGAACUACACAAGCCGGUGGUCAUGAUUCGUCUUGUCCCAGGUGUGAAAGUCGGUCUAUAUGGCCACUGUGCCCUGUCUGCUUAGACGGGGUUGAGGACAAGAUUUACUGCUGCCCAGAACAAUGUGACACGUGGUUUCAUAGUGACUGCGUUGAAGAAUAUGUCAAUACUCUUACCGAUCUGGGUGGCCCUGUGAUAUGUCCGACAUGUCGGGCUGAGUGGUCAUCAGAGUCAGAUGACAGGGCUAUGUGUCCUAUCUGCUAUGAGCCCAUGGAAGAAGCCAGUCAGGGCUUGACCACAUGUACAGCGUCAUGCAAAGCGCAAUUCCACGAAGCGUGCAUCGACAGAUGGGUAGUUGAACUCCAGCGAAACUCGCGAGCGUUGACGUGCCCGAAAUGCCGAGAUUACUGGUUGACAGACUAA